AAGAAGAUUACCACCAAUUAAUACCGGAUAUGUUCUGGAGUAAACGAUUACUUUCCAGUGGGACACGAAGUCCUACAGGAGUUGUUUUCAUGAAUAUGGGAGGACCAUCCACGGUUUCCGAAACAUACGACUUUCUCUUUAGAUUAUUUUCCGAUGGAGAUCUAAUCCCGUUUGGAAGAUUUCAAAAUAUUCUUGCUAAAUUAAUAGCUAAUCGUCGUACUCCUAAAAUUGAAAAACAUUAUAAGGAUAUUGGUGGAGGAUCUCCUAUUAGAUAUUGGUCAGAAUAUCAAUGUAAAAGAGUAUGUGAAAUUCUUGAUAAAACUAAUCCUGAUACUGCACCUCAUAAACCUUAUGUAGCAUUUAGAUAUGCUAAUCCAUUAACUGAAACAACUUUACAACAAAUGAUUAAAGAUAAAAUUACUAGAGCCGUGGCAUUUUCUCAAUAUCCUCAAUUUUCAUAUUCUACAACCGGAUCUUCAAUGAAUGAAUUAUAUAGACAAACUAUUAAAUUAGAUCCAAAUCGAACAAUUAAUUGGACUUUUAUAGAUAGAUGGCCAAAGGAUAAAGGUUUAGUUCAAGCAUUUAGUCAAUCUAUUGAAGAGAAAUUAUAUGAAUUUCCUGAACAAGAUAGAAAUAAAGUAAUUAUAUUAUUUUCAGCUCAUUCAUUACCAAUGGAAAUUGUUAAUAAAGGUGAUUCAUAUCCUGCAGAAGUUGCAAGUACCGUAUAUGCAAUUAUGGAGAAAUUAAAUUUUAAAUAUCCUUAUCGUUUAGUAUGGCAAUCUCAAGUUGGACCAAAACCUUGGUUAGGUGGACAAACUAGUAAAAUUGUGGGGAAAUUAGAGAAAAAUAAUGAUAUUAAAGGUAUAAUAUUAGUACCAGUAGCAUUUACAUCAGAUCAUAUUGAAACAUUACAUGAAUUAGAUAUAGAAUUAAUUGAUGAAUGUGAAAAUCCUCAUAAAAUAAAACGAGUAGAUUCAUUAAAUGGUAAUGAAGUAUUUAUUGAAGGAUUAGCUGAUUUAGUUAAGAAUCAUUUACAAUCAGGUUCAUUAUAUUCUAAUCAAUUAGCAUUAGAUUGUGCCUUAGGAGGUGAUUCAGCUAAGGAUACUUUUAAACAUCCUAGUGAAAUGUUUGGUGAUCAUUCCAAAUCUUAAAUAAAAUAACUUGUACAUAUUUAUAUAAGAUAUAUAUAUAUAUAUAUAUAUUAUUAUUAAUCGGAGAAUUCUUCAUCAGAAUCAAAUAGAUCUAAAUUAAGAUCAGGUCCAUUACCAAUGGCUUUCUUUUUAUCUAUAUUUGUA